AUGAUCUGCCAUUCAAUGCAGUUUCCCCUCUGGUUCCUGGGACUGCUUUUGCUUACAUUCCUCCUGCCACCUGCAGACUGCCUCGUGGCACGAUUUGAAAUCAAUGAAGAGGUACCUGGUGAUACCCUUGUGGGUUCACUCAGCUCCCACCUACCGCCAUUCAGUGGCAACUUAGUUUACAUCAAAGUAAGUAAUUCCAAAGACGCUUCAAAGUACUUCCUGGUGGAUAAGUACUCUGGCAAAAUUACAGUGGCAGCUCGACUGGACAGGGAAACUCUCUGCACUUCGCUGAAUCGGCGGCAGGAAGAAAACUGUGAACUCAAAUUCAGUGUCAGCUGUUUGGCCGCGGCAGCCGCGGAUGACGAUGGACGUCGGGCCACCGGAUCUGCUGACGUUUUCGCUAUCGUCGACGUGAUUGUAGCGCUGAGAGACACCAAUGAUAACGGCUGUCUCUUUAUCCCUACUGACACUCAGACAGUCACCAUUCGUGAAGAUGCUGACCAGACGAAGGAAUAUCAUCUUUUUGUUAAUGCUAAUGACGGUUACGGGAAUGACAGGCACUCUUGCCGAUUGGCUGUCAAUGUGGAAGUAGAGGAUGUCAAUGAUAAUCUUCCAGUCUUCGAGAAGGCAGUUUAUAACGUGGUUGUGGCAGAGAACAUGCCAUUUGAUCAAACAAUUGUCACCGUGACUGCACACGACGCAGAUGCUGGUGAGUUUGGUAGAGUUUUCUACGUGCUAGAUCCCUUUCUGACCGACCCCAACACCCUCAGUUUCUUCCGUAUAAACGAGCAGACAGGUGAUAUAUUCCUGAAAAAUCGUCUCAACUUCCGCGACGCCUCCCGCUAUCAAAUGACAGUGCGUGCUAAAAAUCAGCUUCACUCCAGAGCCUGGACUAGUAAUAAGAACGAACCUGACAGUAUGCAGAUGGGCAGUACGCGCUCCUUCCUCACUACGGUGAUAGUCACGGUGACCGAUGUGAACGACCACGCACCCCGGAUUCAUAUCUUCUCCCCUACGGGCUCGGAGAAGCUCACCCUGACCGAGGGGCGGCCAAGUGGUCGCGAUGUGGCUGUUGUCAGCGUCAGUGACGAUGACGCGGGACGCAACGCCAAAGUGGACUGUCGUCUGAAGGAUCAGUCCAUCCGCGGAGCACUCGUACUUAAACCCAUGGAGAUUGAGGGCAUCAAGGAGGAUUUAAGUUCCGGUCGAAAGUACAAGAUCCUUACAGUUCAGUCGUUCGACAGAGAACAGCAUCUGGAGAAUGAAUACCUGCUGGAGGUAUACGAAGACUCACAGGCAAUGAGAUCUGAUAGCGGCUUUCAGAUAGGCAGCUUAAGGGCCACGGACACCGAUGCUGGGGAGAACGCUAAGCUGCAGUACAGUUUUGCGCCGGAUUGUCCGCUGACAUUUCAGGAACUGGUCAAAAUAGAUCCAGAAACGGGAGCCCUGCAUUCCACUGGACGUCUAGACAGAGAAAAGUAUACCCUUCUGAAGUGCAAGGCUAUUGUAACAGAUAGUGUUUUUGAUGCCGACCUGGACACCAACUCACGUGUGGAGUUGACUGUCGAGCAUAAAAAGAACACUUGGCCAGCACACACUGAUGUGGAGAGCUUCUUUUCUUCUAGCGCACAAGCCACCGGUAGCAACACCCCUCUAAAUGUGACUAAUCCGAGCAGUCAGAUCCCCUUCCUGCGACUGGAGGUACGGCCUUUGCGAGGUCGUCCAAGCGCAAACUAUGCCGCUAACUGGACAAUCCCGACCUCUGGGGGCAGCCUCUUCGGGAGAGGCGUCAUUGACACUGACAACUCUACGAGUCCUUCUGCGGCUAUAAUUAGAUUUAAAAUUCGCGCCCAGGACUAUGGCAGUCCUCGGCUUGCCCAGCGUGCGGCAGUGUACUUCGCCAUCACCGAUGUCAAUGAUAAUUAUCCAUCCUUCAUCUUCCCUCCUCCGAACGCUGUCAACAUCACAGAGGUGCGACUGUCCAUCAAAGAACCCGUCGGGUUCCAGUUUACAAAGGUGAGUCACAUGUUUAUAAACACGUAUUUGUCUUACGAAGUUGCUUUCAAAUGUUUUUGUGAAAGCAGAAAUGAACUAGGGCUUGCGGUUACGAUGGGCAACUAA